AUGAAGAGCCAGAUGCUCGUGCUGUCGCUGCUGUCGCUGUGGGCGACGGCGGCCUCGGCGCGCGUCACGCAGGCCGACCAGUUGCUCCAGAGACUGCACGGCGGCUUUGCGACGGGCCUCGACGCGCGGCAUGAGCAUGGGUUCUCAUCGGCCAGGAAUAUGCACCGUCGAGCCGACUCGGCGCACCGGUUCCUCAACCAUGCCACCAAGGAAUUCGUCGUCAACGGCACGGGCAUCCCGGACGUCGACUUUGACCUCGGCGAGUCGUAUGCCGGGCAGCUGCCCAUCAGCGAAAAGGCCGAUGAGAGGGACCACAUGUUCUUCUGGUUCUUUCCCACGGCGAACGAGGAGCACCGGGAGACCAAGGAGAUUGUGAUUUGGCUCAACGGAGGCCCCGGAUGCUCGUCUCUCCUUGGCCUUCUCCAGGAAAACGGCCCCCUUCUCUGGCAGCCCGGCCUGCUCAAGCCCGAAUCCAACCCGUGGAGCUGGCACCUCCUGUCCAACAUUGUCUAUGUCGAGCAGCCCGUCACCGUCGGCUUUUCCCAGGGCAACGCCACGGCCAAGGACGAGGACGACGUGGCCAGGCAGUUCCUCGGCUUCUGGAAGAACUUUAUGAGCACCUUCGGCAUGCAGGGAUACAAGGUCUACGUUGUGGCCGAGUCCUACGGCGGCUUCUACGGCCCAUACAUCUCGAGCCACAUGGUCGACGCCAACGACAACCGCUACUACGACCUUGGAGGCCUGAUGAUCUACGACGGCAUCAUGUUCAGCGACGUCGUGCAGUCGGGCGUCAUCAUCGAGAGCUUCGUGGAGCAGCACCGCGACCUGAUGCCGCUCGACGAUGCCACCAUGGAGCGCAUCCACAACAUCUCCGAGAGCUGCGGCUACACUGACUACUACGAAAAGUAUCUGACAUACCCGCCCGCAGGCCCGGCGCCCCGGUUCCCGCCCGGCGUCAGCGUCUUUUCCAACGGCUCCUACGUGCCGCACAAGGAGUGCGAGCCGCUCUUUGCCGUCGUAUACGAAGCCAUGCGUAAGAUCAACCCGUGCUUCAACAUCUACAACAUCCGCGCAGGCUGCCCGCAACCAUAUGAUCCGAUAGGCAGCACCGACCCCUACUUCGACCGGGCCGACGUGAAAAAGGCCAUCAACGCGCCCGCCGGUGUGACCUGGUCCCAGUGCGUCAACGGCGUCUUUAACUCGUCGACGGGCGACCAGUCGUUGCCCCCAGACAAGUACGAGCUGCCCAACGUCGUAGACACGACCGAGAACGUCAUCAUCGCCCACGGCUCCAUGGACUACAUCCUGCCCCUCGACGGCGUUCUCCUGGGCCUGCAGAACAUGACGUGGGGAGGCAAGCUGGGCUUCCAGACGACCCCGAGCGACCCCUUUUACGUGCCGCGGUACGGCUACAACAACUCAGACGGCAGCACCUUCUACGGCGACAACCUGCCGGCGGGAUCCGGCGUGCAGGGCACCACGCACCACGAGCGCGGGUUGACGCUCGUCGUGACGCAUCUCGCCGGGCACGAGGGGCCGGAGUAUGCGGCCGCCUCAGCCUUUCGGCACCUCGAGAAGCUCCUCGGCAGGGUCAAGAGCUUGAGCGGCACGGAACCCUUUACUCUCCCGGAGCUGCGAAGCAUUGCCCAGAUGGAGAAGCCGCUUGGCAAGGGUACCGUCAAGAUUCCGUUUCGGGGCAAUGGCUGUUGA